CCGCCCGCCCCCCCCAGCAACCACCACCCUGCUGUGUGCACACAACCCCAAGCCCUCGAUCAUGACCUCCUCGGAGUCGCCGCUGAUGGUGUCGCCCGGCUCGCCGGCUGGCACGCCGAAGUUGUCGCGCCCGGACCAGCUCCGCUCGGACCCCUCAUUGUCCGAUAUCCCCCCGACCGCGGGGGGGUCUCCCCUGCUGGACCCGCCGCCAGCGGGCGAGACGCGCCGCGGGUCACUGGACCAGCGUCGCGGAUCGCUGGACAUCCGGCGCGGGUCGCCGGAUGUUCGCCGGUCUUCACUUGCCGCGGCCGGCGGGCUGCCCGGCUCCGCGCAGGACAUCCGCCGGUCCUCGCUGGCGGAUGUGCACCGGCCUUCGCUGGCGGAAGUGCACCGGCCCUCGGCCACCGACACCACCGCCAGCGGGCACUCCCUCGGGGGGCAUCCCUCCUCCCCGCGGCCGGCUGUCACCAGCAUCGAUGAGAUCACCGCCGAGCUGGAGGUGGUGAGCCUUGGUGGCGGGCCCGGCGACGGGGGCCCGGCGCCCGGCGAGGCUGUCGUCGAUGCCGACGCCGAUGACGACCCGGCCGGCAUGGUGGCCCACAUCACCUACGACACCCAGCGCAACACGACGGCCGAUUGCUACGACGGCGAAACCCCCCGCGAGGACACCAUCAUCCACCUGAACAACGUCCACAAGACCUACCUGAUGGGUGUCGAGGGUGUGCCCGCCCUGCGCGGGGUCAGCCUUUCCAUUCGCCGCGGCGAGUGGGUCGUCAUCUAUGGCACCUCCGGCGGCGGGAAGACCACCAUGCUGAACCUCAUCGGCACCAUCGACAAGCCCACCAAGGGCGAGCUCUGGAUCGGCGGCCGGCUCAUCAACCCCAAGACCCCGGACUCCGUGCUGGCCGACAUCCGCCUCGGCACCCUGGGCUUCGUCUUCCAGACCUUCAACCUCCUGUCGUCGAUGACCGCGCGCGAGAAUGUCGAGCUGCCGAUGAUCCUCAAGGGCGAUCUCUCCACCAGCGAAAUCCGGGCCCGUGCCGUGGCCAGCCUCGAGCGCAUGAACCUCCACCACCGGAUGGACCACAUGCCCAACAUGCUGUCCGGCGGUGAGCAGCAGCGUGUGGCCAUCGCCCGCGCCAUUGCCAACCGGCCGUCGGUUUUGCUGCUUGACGAGCCGACCGGCGACCUGGACACCGUCAACACCAAGUCCGUGGUGCGCCUGCUGCGCCAGCUGAAUGAGCUCGAUGGCAUGACCCUCGUCAUGGUUACGCACGACGUGUAUCUGAAGAACUUCGCCACGCGCGUGGUGUGGAUGCGCGACGGCAAGGUGGCCCAGACCGAGGUGGUGUCGGCGCAGACCCGCGCACGGGCCUUCCGCGGCCUGGACGAGCAGGACCUCGCCUUCACCCAGCUCCUGGCCGGUGGCACGCCGGUUGGCGGCCCGGCUUCCACCACCGCCUCCACGGCCCCGGGCUCCCCGCGCUCCCACCCCCCGGCGGCUGUCAUGGUCAGCUCCCCGCUUUCGGGCUCCACCGCCAGUGUGGCCCUCUCCCCGGGUGCCGGCUCCCCCUCCUCCUCCUCCUCCUCCUCCAGUGGCAGCAUGAGCAACAGCACCGGCGCUGUCCCCACCAAGAGCUGGUCUCGCACGGUCAUCCGCUCGGACUCCGACUACGAGGCCCUGAAGUAUGGCUUCCAGGCGGUGGAGUAGGGGCGCGUGCGCGCGCCACCUACGUGCGUGUGGGAAGAAGAAAAGGCCUUUGACCGGAUGCUGCUGCCUCUCUCUCUCUCUCUCGGGGCCUGGGGUGUCUCCUCUCUCCGCCGCGUGCGCCCGCGCCCGCGCCCUCCAUUUUUUAGACCUCGCUUGGAGGGGGGGGUGCGCGCGCGCUGUGUGCGCAUGUUAUCUCCUCCUCUCUCCCCGUUCCUCUCUCCUUGCGCAGCCUGUGAGAAUGAUGCGCACCCGCUGCCCAGAGCCAGUUCCCUUCUGUGAGCAGGCAUGUGCGCUCUUUCUCGCUCGCGCGCGCGCGCACGCUCCGUGAGAUGAUGCACGCAAUAUGGUGGGAGUGUGGCGGGGGGGCCGGGCGGAGGAUGUAUGUGUUUUACGUUAUCCGAAGAAAUCCCAGAAGUAAAUUGAAUAUAUUUCUCUUUUUUUUUUCCCCC